AAGUUGCCGCUGCCCGUAGUCUUGACUGUCAGACACACCUCAAAUGUGUAGCAUGUAUGGAAGCCAUGCCAUAUUUAGACAUAUUCAAGGCAGCCUGUUCCCAUUACUACUGCAGGAGCUGUAUCGGCCGCCUGGUGCACGACUCUUUUGCUGACGAGUCACUUUUUCCACCUAAGUGCUGUCGUGUGCCAUUCCCUUUACUUACAAUGAAGUCACUUCUGGACGAGAUGUCGUAAUAUCGUGGAACUAAAAAGUGGCUGCAAUCACAUCACGUAAGUGCAUAAGCAAUUGGGUUUUCUUGCCUUUGCUAUGGAUAUCUCUCUGAUGAUACUUGAUUUUCUGGUUCAGAUGCCGUUGUGGGUUCGAAUUUUGCUACACCUGUGCCAUGAAGUGGAAGACAUGUGGAUGCGAAGUAUGGG